AUGGCGAGGCAGCGCUGCCACCCGCACGCGCUGCUGCUGCUGCUGCUCUUGGCGGCUGCCCUGGCCGGAGCGCCGCCCGGCGGCCUCUACUCGCCCGGUGACCCGCUGGUGCUGCUGCAGGUGGACACGCUGGAGAGCAGCGUCCUCAACUCCAGCAGCGCCUGGCUCGUGGAGUUCUACGCCUCCUGGUGCGGCCACUGCGUCCACUUCGCCCCCACCUGGCGGGCGCUGGCCGCCGACAUCCAGGAAUGGAGCCCCGCGGUGAACCUUGGCGUCCUCGACUGUGCAGACAUAGCCAAUCAGAAAAUGUGCGGGAAGUUUGGGAUAACUGGGUUCCCUACGUUGAAGUUUUUCAAGGCCUUCUCCAAGAACCCUGAGGACGGGAUGAAGAUAUUCCAUCCUGGGGACAGCAUUGAGAAGCUGAGGCAGAGCAUAAUCACCAACCUGGAGAUGCACAAGGAGACGUGGCCACCUGCCUGUCCACCACUGGAACCAGCCAGCGUGGAGGAGAUCCGUGAGUUCUUUCAAACAAACAAUGUCACGUACCUGGCUCUGAUCUUCGAGACGAACGACUCCUUUCUGGGCAGAGAGGUGACGCUGGACAUGCUGCAGUACGAGAACAUCGCUGUCCGGAGAGUGCUGAGCAGCGAGGAGGAGCUAGUGAAGAAGUAUGGCGUGACUGCCUUCCCUUCCAGUUUCCUACUCAUCAAAAACGGGACCUUCAGCCGCAUCCCUGUGCAAAUGGAGGCACGAUCCUUCUACACCCACUUCCUGCGGAGGCUGCCUGGGGUCACGCGAGGCCCCUACGCGCCCAUCAGGGCACCAGACAUGCGGAUCAAGACGACCCCCACCCCGCGGAGGCCUGCAGACCGCUCAAAGGUGUACAUGGCUGACCUGGAGUCCGCGCUGCACUAUGCCCUGCGGGUAGAGGUGGCCCGGUUCUCUGUCCUAACGGGAGAGCGGGUCAGGGCCCUGAAGGACUUUGUGGCGGUGCUGGCUAAGUAUUUUCCUGGCCGCCCCUUUGUCCGGAACUUCCUGCGCUCUGUGGACAGGGGGCUGAGGAACAUGAGAGAAUCAUGGAUUCCCUACAGUGCCUUGGAGCUGGUCUUGACCAACAGAAAAGAGGGUCAAGCCCCGGCGGUGCUGUCGAACAGCGUGACGUGGGUGGGUUGCCAAGGAAGCGAACCUCAUUUCCGAGGCUACCCCUGCUCCCUCUGGACCCUCUUCCACCUCCUGACAGUGCAGGCAACGAGACACCGCAGGCUGGGCACAGGCCCACUUGAGGUCCUUGGCGCUAUGCGCGGCUACGUUCAGUCCUUCUUUGGCUGCCGGGAGUGCGCACAGCACUUUGAGGGCAUGGCAGCGGAGUCCAUGGACAAAGUGAGAAGCGUGGACGAGGCAGCCCUCUGGCUUUGGUCAAGACAUAACCGGGUCAACGCUCGACUGGCAGGUACCGAGACCGAGGACCCCCAAUUCCCCAAGCUGCAGUGGCCUCCCCCGGAACUGUGCCCUCCGUGUCACAGCGUGGUCAACAGGCGUCAUGUGUGGGACAAAGCAGCUGUGCUGCGCUUCCUCAAGGCCCACUUCUCCCCGGCCAACAUCUUCUUAGACUACACGGAGCCCGAGAGGGCUCUGGUGGUCAGGCGCAGCUGGGAGGCAAAGGAGGGAGCUGGAGAGUGGGCCAUGGGUGAUGGGAAAGAGAGAGGAGAGGAGGACGACGACGAGGAGGAAGAGAGAGGAGAGAAUGGGAUUGGGGAGGAGGGGGAAAAGAGGAGACCAGGGAAACCAGAGGGUGCAGGGAUGGGAAUGGAGGUGGGUGGCUUGGAGAGACGAGGCUUCUUGGGGCCACGGAAGCCGAGUAUCGUCCGGAUGAACCCGAAGAUGCAGAAGCUGGAGGAGGACAUUGUGGACCUGGAUUCCUUCAGCGAGCUGCACUACAAGAGCAAAGCCCUGAAGGCUGCGGUGGCCAACAAGGGGCGGCGGCUGAGCAAGAGGGACACCAUCCCGAUGCUGUUGCUGGAUGGCAGCCAUGAGGCCUUUGACUAUGCUGCGGCCUGGGAGCGCCUGAGGCAGCGGGGGCUGGGCUCCAAGCAGCUCAUCGGGGCCCUGGAGGAGGACAAAGGGGACGCCCUGAGGAGGAACCAUUGGUUCCGCAUGCUGGGCGUGGGCUUCUCCCGCCUGGACGUCAGCCUGUGCAUCAUCCUGUACUUCCUCUCCUCCAUGUGUCUGCUGGGCAUGUACACCUUCUUCCGCAUGCGCACGAGGCACCGCAAGGGCCACCCCGGCUUCCCCACGGCGUGAGGCUGGGGAGUGCGAUGGGGUGGGGGGGGGUGAUGGUAUAGGUCAAGUGCUAACAAUUCCUUCCAGGGGUCUGUGACUGGAAAAGCGUCUGACUUUCUCUGUCAGGGUUGUUAGGGCAGUGGGUACAGCUGGACGGCUUCUGGAUCUUGCCACCACUGGCCACAUGGACAUGGGGCCACCCAUCAGACAGAUAUGGCAGGGUGUUCUUCAGGGAUCCAAGAGCCUUACCAAGCCACCUGAACUCCUCAGAGACUUCUAGCAGAGCCGCUGUCGGGUCAGGGUGCGGGGCUGGAGGACGGAGUGAACUGGGAGAGGUAUGGGGAGUUCUAGCUGCCUCCCUGUUUACAGUAGCUCAGCCACUGGUAAGGAUUAUGUGGGGGUCCCCUUUCUGGUCUGUUUCCUGCUGCACCGCGGUGAAGGUGAAUCCAGCCCAAAGCACCAGGCUGCCCCAGAUGGUGCAGAACUUUCUCUUUGCCAGAUGAUUCCUUCACUCUUGUAGACCAGAAUCGCUAACCUACUCAACCCAAGGUGCUCUCACACUGUGCUCAGGGUGUGUGUGACACCCCCCUACAAAUAAGGGAAUGCGGUGCCACUGUCUGGAGAUACAGACAACGCAGACAGGGAGGAAGCCUUGUAGCCAGAGCUAAGCCAGUUCACCGUAAUCCUGACCUGUAACACUCCUCCCCACCCCCAUGUACUAUUUGUGUCUUGAGCCACUGCUCUUCUUAUCCUAAUGCAUCUCAAUCCUGUCUUGAAAUACCACCUGCUCCACGCUCUUGGGUUCCUUCUAUGCUGGCUCUGCAUUUGUGAGAGAGACAGAGAGAAAUGGCCACAGGGGUCAGACUCACCAAUCGGCAUCUGGCUUCUGAAGUUCAGGGCUCGCAGGGGAGGAGUUGCUCCGUUAGCCCAGAACAGCUGUUACGUCUAGCCUCCCUGCAGCUCAGAGUGCACAUGGGCACAGAGGUGGGUGGGAAGGACACGGACCCUUGGUCUGACCACAAACUGUUCUGCUGGAGCAUCUAAUUCUGUGCCACCUUGGCCUGUCACGUUGAGGCUGUCCAUAGCCUUCUCCUGUGUAUGUGGCGGGGUGGCAUUAGUGCUGGCAGGGUUCUAUGUCAGCCUGUGCUGUGUUUCACCUGCUGGGGGCAUGUCCUAGGCCAAUGGGCCACCUGUCUGUAAGUCUUGCAGGCAGAUUUGCUGCUACCCUCAUGCUUUAAAAAUAGAAGUGGGAGGAGGUGGGGGGCUUUGCCAGUCCCCCCCCCCAUAUUAUAGAGUUUGUGAAACUGGGAAUAAACUGGAAUUCUUCCUUUUGGCACGAUGGGUGGGGCCAGCCUUAUAGCCAAAUUCCCCUGGUACAAUGAAAAGCCAUAGAACCUACCAGGAAGUCCUGUGCUGCUCCGUUACUCCACGUUGUUCCCACCUGCUUCAGCAUGCAAGCAUGGGCGCCUUCAUUAGGGUGCCCAGCUAUGCAUUUGGGUGCUGUGUUUUGGUCUUGAAAUCCGAGCACCCAGAAUUGUACACAAGUUUCCCAGAUGCACCCAGGCACUUGUUCAGUACUGGGAAUAUUCCCUCCCACGUCCUUGUAUAGUGAGCACUGUCAACCCAGAGCAUUCGAUCUCUGACCCCUAGUGUUAGUGUAUCUCACCAGCCUGCAGAUGCUGUCACUUUGUUCAACUUUUCUAUGAAACCCAUUAUACUGGAGUCACUGUUGAGCUGAGGAAAGAGAAUCGUAAUGCAGAUCUUGGCAUUGCAAGAGUCACUUCACUUAUUCCCAUUCAUAUGCCAGCUCUUCUUGGGUCCCCAUCCCGUUCUUUUGUUUGUGCAUUAUUUAGAGUGAGGCCUGCAAGGCAGGGACUGUCUAGCACUGUGCAAAUGACCUUUGGGCUGGAGAGAUCCAGGGGCUGGCUGCACGCUGGGUGAAGGAGAAUUGCUUGUUGAUUAUUCUGAAUGUAGCGCCUGGUACCAUCCAAGUAACCCCAGGUACACGUAGGCUUUCUUCAAAGGGUGCAUGCAACUAAUUACAAGUUAGGACCAAGCUUUUCAAAAGUUACCAGAGAUUUUGUUUAGCCUGCUUGAGAGGCCUCGAAAGGGCCGUACUGUCACAGGCAGAAAUCUAGCCCCUUUCAAGGCGUGUCAAGUUUAGCAUCUGAAACCACUAGUCACCUUUGCAUACCUUGCCCUGGGGGACCUGCUGGGUUAGCUCUAAGGCCUUAUCCGUGGUGUGGCUUUGUGCUCCAUCGGUGGAGAGCUAAUGUAGAUUGCUGCCUGUGCUUCUGCCUCUGGCAUCUAACGCUGGUCAGACAGCUGUAAAAAUGCUAGUGGCUAAUCUGUACUCACACUGCUGCUGGUGGAGCUCAUACAGCAAUGAUGGGUGACACCCAGCCUGACCUGGUUUUUAUCAUCUCUCCCCUUUUUUAUUGUUUCUUUUUGCAUCCCAAAACCGGGGAGGAGGAUGGGAGGGACCAGUGCCUGGAAACAGGGACAGCCCUGGAAUUUGAGGGUGGAGAGCAAUCUGUGAUCACCCUUCCCAUCCCCCACUUGGUGCUUGAGAACAUCUGCCCAGAGCCUUUCUGCCUUGUCCAGCAUAACCCGGUCCUGCCUUUUGGAGUGGUGAGGCUCCUGUGUCUCUCCCUUCUGUGGGCUUGUGCUGUCCUGAUGAAUCUGACCUAACCCCGCCGGGAUGUUUCUUAAGCCCAGACUGGGAUAGCUGAGUUCUUUGCUCUUUUCUGAAAUGUGCCUUUAAAAAAAGAUCUGGACUCCUGAGCUACAAAACAUUGGCUUUGAGAUCACCUGUGGAUUCCUCCCUGAUUUUCACUCAGUUACCUUCCUUUUGCCAUCUACAGGCUGGAGCUGGGGGACCGACUUGCUGGGCUACUGGAUUUUGGUUUUUGGAGGGGGCUUGGAAUGUAUCAGCCUCCCAGGGCUGUGCCCGUGAGACACUAUGCUAGCCCACUCAGAACUAACGGGCACCCCUCAACCAUCUGAACUGGCCUGGCAUCUGAAGCAGCUUGCUGCAUGCCUGGUCCUUGAUGAGCUAGUGUUUGUGGGUUGGAAAUAGCCACUCAAAGGAAUUCUGACAUCACAUGAUGGGGUCACACAUGUCCUUCCAUGUUGCCUGUAAUCAUGGAUCUUUGUGUGUCACUGGAGAGAACCAAUUCCUUUGGUCGGGGGGGAGGGGUGCUGCACCAUUAUCUGUCUCAGCCAGUCGCUGUAAGGGGCAGACCGGCUUCCCUACUUGGCUGGUCCCAACCCAGAGCUUUAGCUCAGUGUGUCGCCCCCAGGCUGAGGUCUGCAGGAUGCUCUGCUCUAGGAUAGGUGGAGGAGAAACAUUUAAUUGUCAUGAGACGGUUGGGUUGGUCUCAUUUUCUUCACUUUAAAAGUGGUGGUUGGUUUGUGCUCUGUUCCCAGUGCCAGGCUGCUGCUCCAGAAGGAGCUGGGGUCUCUGCACGCAGUGUCUAUGCUUGUGUUAGUGGAAUAAAUUAUUUUUGCUAAUAAAGAUUCUGCUGUGUGGGAUCAC